UACGCUGCCCGUUUUGGGUCAGUUCAAUCGAAGGCGUCCGACAAAACGGUUUAGGAAAUUUUGCAGGAACUAGAUAACUAAGAAUGAAGGCAGUUCUUGUGUGUUUGCUGCUUGCCCUGGCUGGACAUUCUCUGGCUCAGACCCAGGAUGAGUUUGUUGAAUAUCUUUUGGGUAUACAAAGCGAAGCUGAAGCUUUACAUCAAGUGAUGGAGGGAACGUUUGAUAACACGCGUUUCACCAUGAGUGACCACCUCAUCGAACUGAACCGUGACUUGAUCAGUCGCAUGAACGAAGCCCUGGUCGAAGUCGAGCAAAUCAAGGAAUCCACGGAGGAGUUAGUGAGUAACUCGAAUGCCCAGCAAAUUUGCAUAGACGUCGCUACCGCAAACUGGGAGAUCGAAAUCGAAUGGGUCGGCCAGGCCUUGCAGCGCUGCGCUAACCAAGCUAAUUUGGAGAUUACCCGAGCUACCGCAGAUGUGCAUGAAGCUAUCGAGCGGGCUCAGGUUCAGUCUACUGAACUGCAGAACAUUGUUGUGCAUGGAUUCAUUGACUGGAACGCGAUUGAUUACACUGAAUCGAUCUCGAUCAUUGUGGGAGCUCGCAUCCAGCGGAAGCGCGAGGAGUUUGAGGGAACGGUUCUAGAAUUGGGACGAGUACUGCAGGGAAUAUUUUAUCUCACCUCCCAAAUGCUGCCUGAGACUACCACCUGCAUUAAUCGUGGAGUGGAACGCUUCAACAAUUACGCCCGUGUGAUUAAUGAUACAUUGUCAUUCUGCUCUUAAUUGUAGGAAGAUGUUGUCACGUUGUAAACUUGCCAAUCUGAGAAUAAACACGAAGUGUUUCUGCUAAAUUCUA